AUAUUUUAUUUAUACUUUUCUCCGUUCAUUUUGAACUACACUUGCGCAGCUUUCCUUUUGCUCCAAAAUCAAAAUCCUAAAGAAACUCUUUCGUGCUUCAAUUGUCUCUUGGUUGAUUUAGUUGAAUUAAGAUGGAGGGUGACAGAAUCAGGUGCUUGAAGAAACUCUUUCGUGCUUUAAUUGUGGUGUUCACUUUACUGCAAUGUGCUGUCAGCCCUUCCCUUUCCCUUGGAUUCAAAAAUAUUUCUUCGGAAGGAGUGGUGAGGUGCUUUGAGAGGGAAAGAGAAGCACUCCUUGCUUUCAAGCACGGCCUCGUGGAUCACUACAAUGUCCUCUCUUCGUGGGGAAGAGAAGAACAAGCAAGAUUGUUGCAAAUGGGUCGGCGUCCAUUGCAGCAACCGAACCAACCAUGUUACUCAACUUCAUCUUGGGUGGUAUUCUUUGAAUGAAUCUUAUUCACAUCAACAGAAAGGAGACCCGCAGUACAUCAGUUAUUUUUUGCAAGGUAAGAAGAUGAGUCCUAAAUUGAUUGAGUUGCAGCGUUUGAAAUAUUUGGACCUUUCUUCCAUUAACUUCAAUGGGACCCGACUUCCAUAUUUCAUUGGUUCUCUUUCCAAUUUAAGACACCUCGAUCUCUCUUUUGCUUCUUUUGGUGGUCGAUUUCCAAGUCAAGUUGGAAACCUUACCCACUUGCAAUAUCUUGAUCUCAAUGGGAAUGACUUUAACAGUGUAGAAAAUCUGAAAUCAUGGCUCCCUCUUCUUUCUUCUUUAACAUAUUUGGAUCUGAGUAGCACCAAUCUCAGUAAUGCUCAUGACUGGCUGGAAAUAGUUAGUAAGCUCCCUAAACUUACAAACUUGACGUUACAGGAGGUGUGGUCUUCCUUCUCCUGUAAUCCAUUCCAGUACUCUUUCUUAUGCAGUUUGCAAUCACUGGUCCUUAUCAAUAAUAGCCUGAGUGGACAAUUUUCCGAGUUUGUUCAAAUGUUGUCUACAUGUGCUCAAAACUCAUUAGAGUCUCUGUACCUCUCUGACAAUCAUCUUUCUGGAUCAAUUCCUAAUCUUACAAACUUUUCAUCGUUGAAAAGUUUAUCUCUCUAUGGAAAUCAAUUGAAUGGAACAAUACCUGAAAGCAUUGGGCAACUGUCUAAUCUGGAGUAUAUGCAAUUGCGUAUGAAUGAUCUGGAAGGUGUGGUGUCGGAAACCCAUUUCUCUCAACUCUCCAGAUUACAGCUUUUGGAUUUGUCCUCUAACUCGCUAGUUUUAAGCUUCAAUUCUAAUUGGGUUCCUUCAUUUAAAUUGAAGUAUAUAUAUUUGGGGUCUUGCAAAAUGGGUCCGUAUUUUCCAAAAUGGCUUCAAACUCAGAAUGAGUAUUUACGGCUCGAUAUUUCUAAUGCUGGAAUUGUGGAUAUCCUUCCAAGCUGGUUUUGGGUUCGAACCAAAUCGAAGGUCCAAUUCCCUCAACUCUAUCCCAUGCCAUCUUUGGAUCUCUCUAAUAACAACAUUUCAGGGUCAAUUUCUAUCUUGUGCGAAGCAUACGAGAGUUUAAUGUUUCUUAAUCUCUCAAACAACAAUCUCUCCGGAGAGCUUCCACAAUGCUGGACACAUUUUGACAAUCUAGUCAUGCUUGAUUUGAGUUACAAUGCUUUUUCUGGCAAAAUUCCAUCCACGGUGGGCUCACUAUAUCGCAUGGAAACAUUGAAAUUAAGAAGCAACAGAUUUGUUGGCGAGUUUCCUUCAUCCUUCAAUAAUUGCACCAGUUUAGAAGUUCUUGAUGUUGGAUACAAUCAAUUAUCAGGACCCAUACCAAAAUGGUUAGGGGUUAGCCUUCAGAAAUUGGUUGUCCUGAUGCUUUCCUCUAAUAACUUCAACGGAAGCAUGCCAUCUGAACUAUGCCGUCUAACAAACAUUCAAAACUUGGAUGUGUCUGCGAAUAACAUCUCUGGAACAAUACCAAAAUGCCUCAGCAAUUUUACUGUUUUGGCACAGAAGGGAAACUCUUCUCCGACCCUUGGACAUUUGUACAUAAGAGAUGAUACUUCCUAUGGGGUUAGUUAUAUGGAUGAUGCAACAUUUAUAUGGAAGGGAAGAAUGCACUCGUACAAAAACACUUUGGGACUUGUGAAGAGAAUUGAUUUCUCGAGCAAUAGAUUAACGGGGGAGAUUCCAAGUGAAAUCACGGAUCUUGUUGGGUUAGUUUCUUUAAACCUGUCGAGAAACGGAUUGACAGGUGAGUUACCUGCAAAGAUUGGAAAGUUGCAAUCAUUGGAUGCCCUUGAUUUUUCAAGAAACCAGAUAGAUGGCAAAAUUCCAACAAGCCUUGCUCAGAUAUAUGGUCUUAGUGUCUUGGACUUGUCAUACAACAACUUUAUUGGCAAAAUUCCAACUGGCACUCAGCUCCAAAGUUUUGAUCCCUCUGAUUAUGGUGGAAAUCCUCAGCUGUGCGGACCUCCACUUCCAAAGAUGUGUGGUGAUCAACAGGAAACUCCGAUCUCAAGCAACAAAGAAGAAAAUGAUGAGCCUAUAACAUGGGGAUUUUACAUCAACAUGGUGCUUGGCUUUAUUGUUGGAUUUUUGGGAGUUUGUGGCAGUCUGAUUUUUGUGAGGCCAUGGAGAUACUCGUACUUCAGGUUCUUGAAUGUCUUGAAUGAUUGGUUUUAUGCGAGGGUGAUUUCAAUCAAGCAGCACUUCAAUUAAGCAAUGCAUCUUCUGAGACAGUGUAGACGGCUUCACUUCACUGAAAGAGCUUCCACGGGCCAUUAUCUGUACAAGUUUUCAAAGUAUUGAGUUGUCAUAAUAAAGAACUUUACUACUAAAUCUACUUGACAGAUGAUUUGUUAGCGUUAAUUGUUUGCGAGAAGUUUAUGUUUAUGUUUACGUUAUCAAGACCUUUCUGCAGUAUAUGUUUUGAUUCAUGAUAUGAACUAAAGAUAUUCAGUUAAUUCUGGACUACAUGUGAUUGUUUUGUU